AUGAAUCAAGAUGCGAAAAAAUUAGCAGCCAGUGUCUACGGACGAGUGAACGCUCCUGUUGUGGAGAGAUGUCGUCUAAAUUUUUGCACUGAUUUAGAAAAAUCCGUUUUAAUGAGCAAUUUCGAGAGACGAGGAUGGCAUCAAGUAGGACCUGACGAUGAAUGGAACUUUUAUUGGGCGUCCACUCAAACCUGUAGAAAUCUCUUUAGCGUUGAAAGUGGCUAUCGUAUGAAUGACAACCAAAUGAUCAAUCAUUUUCCUAACCACUACGAACUCUCGAGGAAGGAUUUGCUUGUAAAAAAUAUAAAAAGGUAUCGAAAAGAAUUGGAAAGAGAAGGGAACCCGUUAGCUGAAAAAUCUGAAGUUGUUUUACACGGAGGACAAGUGGGAACUCGGUAUGUUCAUUUGGAUUUUGUGCCAAUAACAUUUGUUUUACCUGCAGAUUAUAAUAUGUUUGUGGAGGAAUAUCGUAAGUCACCUCAAAGCACUUGGAUAAUGAAACCGUGUGGAAAAUCACAAGGAACUGGCAUUUUCCUAAUAAAUAAACUAUCCAAAUUAAAGAAGUGGUCCAGGGAGGCGAAAGCACCAUUUCACCCACAGCUAAGUAAAGAAAGUUACGUAAUUUCAAGGUACAUAGACAAUCCCCUGCUAAUAGGUGGCAAAAAGUUUGAUUUAAGACUGUACGUUCUUAUUACAUCUUUUAGACCACUAAAAGCUUAUCUAUUUCAGUUGGGAUUUUGCAGAUUUUGUACGGUGAAGUAUGAUACAAGCGUCACAGAACUAGAUAAUAUGUACGUACAUCUUACUAACGUCAGUGUACAGAAGCAUGGAGGGGAUUAUAACAAUAUUCAUGGCGGAAAAAUGAGCGUUCAAAAUUUAAAAUUAUAUUUAGAAGGUACUAGAGGAAAAGCAGUCACGGAUAAAUUAUUUGCAGCAAUGCAAUGGUUAAUUGUGCAUUCUUUGAAGGCUGUUUCUUCAGUAAUGGCCAAUGAUAGGCAUUGUUUUGAAUGCUAUGGUUACGAUAUCAUAAUUGACAACCAAUUAAAGCCUUGGCUUGUAGAGGUAAACGCUUCUCCAUCGCUAACAUCGACUACAGUAAAUGACAGAAUUUUGAAAUAUAAACUGAUCGAUAAUAUUUUGUCAGUAGUAUUACCUCCAGAUGGAGUUCCAGAUGUACGUUGGAACAAACAACCAAAUCCUGAAGCUUUAGGGAAUUUCGAUUUGCUUAUUGAUGAAGAAUUGUUGGAAAAGGAUGAACCUUCGAGCUCUAUUGGUAAAUCAAUUAAAAACAUAAAAAAUCGUGUCACUUAA